AUGGCGGCUACCAGGAGAUACCGGCUUUCUACUAGUCUUGCUCAGCCCACCCCGCAGGCGUGAGCAGCGUCGAUUAACGUCAGAGCGUUCCUCUGCGCGUUUCGGGUGGCGGGCGCGGGAAGGGGAUUUGGAUUGUGUGCUUGUGUGCUUCUGUGCUCUGGUGGGGAAAGUGCCGUUUGGCCCCAACUCUGCGCCUGAGCAGCCCCUGGAGCCCAGUCUUUUGCUCUCAGCCACCUUCUCGAUCCCGCCAGUGCCUCAGAGCUGCAGCCCGGUCUCGAAUCCCUCAGUUCCUCAGCUAAUAGCUGCGAUGCAUGUGAUCAAGCGAGAUGGCCGCCAGGAGCGAGUCAUGUUCGACAAAAUUACAUCUCGAAUCCAAAAGCUUUGUUAUGGACUCAAUAUGGACUUUGUUGAUCCUGCUCAGAUUACCAUGAAAGUAAUCCAAGGCUUAUAUAGUGGGGUCACCACAGUAGAACUAGAUACUUUGGCUGCUGAAACAGCUGCAACCUUAACUACUAAGCACCCUGACUAUGCCAUCUUGGCAGCAAGGAUUGCUGUCUCUAACUUGCACAAAGAAACAAAGAAAGUAUUCAGUGAUGUGAUGGAAGACCUGUAUAAUUACAUAAACCCGCAUAAUGGCAAACACUCUCCCAUGGUGGCCAAGUCAACACUGGAUAUUGUUUUGGCCAAUAAAGAUCGCCUGAAUUCUGCUAUUAUCUAUGACCGAGAUUUCUCUUAUAAUUACUUUGGCUUUAAGACACUAGAACGUUCCUAUUUAUUGAAGAUCAAUGGAAAAGUGGCUGAAAGACCACAGCAUAUGUUGAUGAGGGUCUCUGUAGGGAUUCACAAAGAAGACAUUGAUGCUGCAAUUGAAACAUACAACCUUCUUUCUGAGAGAUGGUUUACUCAUGCUUCUCCCACUCUCUUCAAUGCUGGCACCAACCGCCCACAACUUUCUAGCUGUUUCCUUCUGAGUAUGAAAGAUGACAGCAUUGAAGGCAUUUAUGAUACUCUAAAGCAGUGUGCAUUGAUUUCUAAGUCUGCUGGGGGAAUUGGUGUUGCUGUGAGUUGUAUUCGAGCUACUGGCAGCUACAUUGCUGGGACUAAUGGCAAUUCCAAUGGCCUUGUACCAAUGCUGAGAGUAUAUAACAACACAGCUCGAUAUGUGGAUCAAGGUGGAAACAAGCGUCCUGGGGCCUUUGCUAUCUACUUGGAGCCUUGGCAUGCAGACAUCUUUGAGUUUCUUGAUUUAAAGAAGAACACAGGAAAGGAAGAACAGCGUGCCAGGGACCUUUUCUUUGCCCUUUGGAUUCCAGAUCUCUUCAUGAAACGAGUGGAGACUAAUCAGGACUGGUCUUUAAUGUGUCCAAAUGAGUGUCCUGGUCUGGAUGAGGUUUGGGGAGAGGAAUUUGAGAAGCUAUAUGAAAGUUAUGAGAAACAGGGUCAUGUCCGCAAAGUUGUAAAAGCUCAGCAGCUUUGGUAUGCCAUCAUAGAGUCUCAGACAGAGACAGGAACCCCAUAUAUGCUGUACAAAGAUUCUUGUAAUCGGAAGAGCAACCAGCAGAACCUGGGAACCAUCAAAUGCAGCAACCUGUGCACAGAAAUAGUAGAAUAUACCAGCAAAGAUGAGGUUGCUGUCUGUAACCUGGCUUCCCUGGCCCUGAAUAUGUAUGUCACAUCAGAGCAUACAUAUGACUUUAAGAAGUUGGCUGAAGUCACUAAAGUCAUUGUCCGAAACUUGAAUAAAAUUAUUGAUAUAAACUACUACCCUGUUCCAGAGGCAUGCUUAUCAAAUAAACGCCAUCGCCCCAUUGGGAUUGGGGUACAAGGUCUGGCAGAUGCUUUUAUCCUGAUGAGAUAUCCUUUUGAGAGUGCAGAGGCACAAUUAUUGAAUAAGCAAAUCUUUGAAACUAUUUAUUAUGGAGCCCUGGAAGCCAGCUGUGACCUGGCCAAGGAGCAUGGCCCCUAUGAAACCUAUGAGGGCUCUCCAGUAAGCAAAGGAAUUCUUCAGUAUGAUAUGUGGAACAUUACUCCCACAGACCUAUGGGACUGGAACCUUCUCAAAGAGAAGAUUGCAAAGUAUGGUAUAAGAAACAGUUUACUUAUUGCCCCAAUGCCUACUGCUUCAACCGCUCAGAUCCUGGGGAAUAAUGAGUCCAUUGAACCUUAUACCAGCAACAUCUAUACUCGCAGAGUCUUGUCAGGAGAGUUUCAGAUUGUAAAUCCUCACUUGCUGAAAGAUCUUACUGAGCGGGGCUUAUGGAAUGAAAAGAUGAAAAACCAGAUUAUUGCAUGCAAUGGCUCUAUCCAGAACAUACCUGAAAUUCCUGAUGACCUGAAGCAGCUUUAUAAAACUGUAUGGGAAAUCUCUCAGAAAACUGUCCUCACGAUGGCAGCUGAGAGAGGUGCUUUCAUUGAUCAAAGCCAGUCUUUGAACAUCCAUAUUGCUGAGCCUAACUAUGGCAAACUGACUAGUAUGCACUUCUAUGGCUGGAAGCAGGGUUUGAAGACUGGGAUGUAUUAUUUAAGGACAAGACCAGCAGCUAAUCCGAUCCAGUUCACUUUAAAUAAGGAGAAGCUGAAAGAUAAGGAAAAGUUAUCAAAAGAGGAAGAAGAAAAGGAGAGGAACACAGCAGCCAUGGUGUGCUCUUUAGAGAAUAGAGAUGAGUGUCUAAUGUGUGGAUCCUGAGGAGAGGCUUAGAAGGAACCAGCAUGUCUUCAAUAGCCAGACCACUUCUUAAGCAUAAAUAGGCAAUAAUGGGUUUGCUUGAGGUGGUAGGGCUUUGCUGGGCCUUACUGCAGCAAAAGAAAUAAUUGAUUUAAAGUAUUGUUUUUCUAUAGUGAAUGAUUUUUUUUUAAUUAGAAUAGGUAUUUUUUUUUUUUUUGGCAUAAAAAAACAUUCAUCUUCCACCCAUUAGAAAUGAAGUAAAAUUUCAUCACUUUAGCCCCACUUUUUUUUUUUUUUUUAGGUAUAGCAGCAAUUUAUUUUUGAUGUACACAUUUUAGAGCAUAAUGUUCUAUAUGUUCUAGAAAAGUACAUAAUGAGAAAAAUAAUUCCUAUAAUAUUCACCUCUGAGCUAACACAUCUUUAGAUCAAAUCCAAUAUCCAUUUUAUAUCAAAGUGCAGCUGUGGGUAUGUGUUCUCAACCGUGGGGUCUCAGAAAGCAGUUUUAAAGUGGUAAGAUGAUUGCAUGUGCUUGAAUAGGAAGACUCAUUUUCCUGAAAAUGUGAGCUCUUUCCAUGUUUAUUAACUUUACAUCAGCCAAAUGAAAAUGCUGAUGUAAAAAAAAAAAAUUGAAAAAGUUUUCAAUUUUUGACUUGCAUAUGAAUGUUCAUAAUGGUGGGAAUAAAGACUUGCUCGUUUAGAUAUCAAAAAGUGCUAUUAAUUUUCACAAAUUGUGUAUCAAUGUUUGAAAAGACACAUGAAUGAAUGGAACAAAAUAUAAAAUCCAGAUAAAGCCAAAUAUAUAGAAGAAUUUAGAACUUCAUAAUGGUGACAUUUUAUAUUCUUCUUAUUAUUAUCAUUAUCAUUAUUUUGUCUAUUUUUUUAAUGUUAAAUCAUAGCUAUGUACAUUAGUGCAAUCAAGGGGUACAAUUCAUACACAAUCUGAAAUAAUCUCAUCAAACUGUUUAACAUAGCCUUCAUGGCAUUUUCUUAGUUAUUGUAUGUAGACAUUUGUAUUCUGCUUUUAGUAAGUUUCGCCUGUACCUAUUCUAAGAUGCACCGUAGGUGUGGCUCCACCUACUACCUUCCCUCCACCCUAACCUCCCCCCUCCCUUCCCCUCCUUUGGCCCUUCCCCAUAUUUUUGUGCUAUAGUUGCGUUACAGCCUUCAUGUGAUACUUUUUCUUCCAUUCUUGAGAUACUUUGCUAACAAGAAUAUGUUCCAGCUCCAUCCAUGUAAACAUGAAACAGGUAAAGUCUCCAUCUUUCUUUAAGGCUGCAUAAUAUUCCAUGGUAUACAUGUACCACAAUUUGCUAGUCCAUUCGUGGGUCGAUGGACACUUGGGCUUCUUUCAUGACUUAGCAAUUAUGAAUUGGGCUGCAAUAAACAUUCUGGUACAGA